CCUCCUCCAAACGACGCUUCAGUUCUCUCUCUACCCACUCUCCCCUUCUCUCUCUUUAAAUUCCCCAAAAUUCCUCUCAAUUAAUCGAUUUAAUUGAGCGGCGAUGAAGAAGCUGAUGAGGAGGCUUUCCAAGGUCGCUGAUUCGUCGCAGUACUGCCGCCUCGGCGAGUCUCUCCGGCGAGUUCCGGGGGGUCACUUGCCGGUGUACGUCGGCGACGAGAUGGAGAGGUUCGUGGUGAGCGCCGAGUUGCUGAACCACCCAAUUUUCGUGAGUCUGCUCAACAAAUCGGCGCAGGAAUACGGUUACGCGCAGAAAGGCGUUCUCAGAAUCCCCUGUCACGUGAUCCUCUUUGAGCGCGUGCUCCACACGCUCCGGUUCGGUGGGGAGUCACGUGACCUUCACGACCAGGACCUCCUUACUUGGCUCUCAGACGAGCAGGUCGCUGUGUCUUGGGACUAGCGCCGAUCCCGCCGGCUGCGAUUUCUUGUUGGACUAGCUAGGCUCAACUCAAGUCGGCUACGGAACGCCGCGCCGCCGCCGCCGCCGCUGUAGCUUUUAGAAUUUAGACUUGUUUUUUUUUUUUAUUUUUUAUUGUGGCCCUUGAGUCUUGGUUGUAAAUAAUAUAUUUGGAAAUUGAGUGGAAAGUGAAAUUGUUUUGUUA